AUGGUGGACUCUAGUAUCAGAAAGAUGGAUUGUAUUGAGAAAGAUAUGAUUAGUGAACUGUCUUGUCCCUUACAAGAAACUAUCCUGGGGUUUUUGCCGAUACGAGAUGCUGUGAGAAGUAGUGCCUUGUCAAGAAAAUGGAGGCAUAAAUGGACUAUGAUUCCGCACCUAAUCUUUGAUGACCAGUUCUUUGAUAGCAAGAGGAAGAACUUAAGGCAGUAUCAGGAUAAAAAACUAAGGGCGCAUGGAUUUGUUAGUGUGAUUAAUAAAGUUCUUCUACUCCACCAGGGUCCCAUUCUUGAAUUUUCUUUGACUAAUCUUGAAGGCUGUGAUACUAAAAUAGUACAUGAUUACAUAUCUCAGUGGCUGCCAUUAUUGUCAAGGAAUGGAAUCAAGAAGUUUAAUUUGAAGAACUGUCACUUUGAUAAUAUUGCAGCAUAUGGUUUCUCUUCUUUAGACCUGACCCAAUUGAGGCUUGAUGGAGUUCUAUUUUCCACUUCACCUUCAUUUCGAAGUUUUACUUGUCUGAGGAGCCUUGAGCUAGUCGAUUGCAUAAACAACAAACCAAGUAUAUUUGUUUGCCCUGUGCUUGGGGAGUUGGUCUUGAUAUACUGUGAAGGACUCCUCCCGAACAACUUUCGUGCUCCUAAUCUCAAACGCCUAAAGCAAGCAAUUUGCAAAUUACCUUUGGAAUAUUCUUUAGCUGGGUUACCAAACCUUAAAGAAUUUUCCUGCACUGCACUUACAAUUCCAAUGAUAAAUGCAAAAGCAUUUAGCGGGGUCAACUUUCUUGACAGUUUACAUACAAUUGAAAAGCUCUCUUUAAAAUUUACUUUUGUCAAGGCUAUGGAAAUAAAUGAUGCCGUUGAAGGGAAUCUCAGGAAUUAUUUGGCAAAAAAAUUUGUAGAUUGCACCUUUGAACAUCUAGAAAUUGUGACCUGUACUUGGCUCAGAGGUCUUAGGGAUGAGUUGGAGCUAGUCAAAUUUCUACUUGCCAACUCCCCGUUAUUGAAAAAGAUGUUCAUCCAUCAUUGUGUAACGGUAAGAACGGAUGUAGCAUUAAACAUUGCAGAAGAGAUGUUACAAUAUGCCAGAGCUUCAUCAGAAGCACAGAUCAGGUUUUUGAAAGACGAUCUUAAUAUUGAAUAUUUUUAA